AUGGAUAUUUUCAGAAUUUUAAGUAGAGGUGCCUCUUUGAAUAAAAAGAAAGGUAUAACUACUGAUUAUGCCUUACCUUCAGAAAAGCAAACUCAAAAGCAAAAACACAAACAAGAAUCAUUACUACACGAAGUUGAAAAGGAAACUGAUUUCUUUCACACAAGAAAACAUACUACUACUGGUAAAGGUGAUCAAUUAACAAAUUCUUCUGGUAGUAAUAAAGAAGAACAACUGGAGAAGAAGGGAAUUGAGGAACAAGAAGAAAUUCCACCACUUGAAUUAACUACUGAAGAAGAUGCUCAAACAUUUAGAAAUUUACAUAAAUCAAAAGUUACUGGUGAUGAUAUACCUAUCCCCAUUGGAUCAUUUCAAGAUAUGAUUGGAAGAUUUCAUAUUAAUAAAAAAGUGUUAUCUAAUUUAAUUGAGAAUGAAUUUAUUGAACCAACAACAAUUCAAUGUGAAUCGAUCCCUAUCACAUUAAAUAAUCGAGAUUUGAUUGCAUGUGCUCCUACAGGUUCUGGUAAAACUUUAGCAUUUUUAAUACCUUUGGUACAACAAAUCUUAUCUAAAACUGUAUCGAAAAAUUAUGGAAUUAGAGGAUUAAUUAUCUCACCUACUAAUGAAUUAGCAGUACAAAUUUUCCAAGAACUAGAAAUUAUAACUCGUGGAUGUAAACAAAUCAAUGUGGCAAUACUAUCCAAACAAUUAGCCAGUAAAUUAAACAAUAAUAUUAUUAAAUCAUCGAAAUACGAUAUUAUUGUUUCGACACCAUUAAGAUUAAUAGAUGUGGUUAAACAAGGGAAUAUGGAUUUAUCCAAAAUUGAACAAUUAAUUAUUGAUGAAGCCGAUAAAUUAUUUGAUCAUGGAUUUGCUGAACAAACUGAUGAAAUUUUGACACAUUGUAUUAAUCCAAAAAUUAGAAAAUCGAUUUUUUCAGCUACUAUUCCUUCUAGUGUAGAAGAAAUGGCUCAUUCUAUAAUGAAAGAUCCUCUUCGAAUAAUUAUUGGUCAUAAAGAAGCAGCUAGUAAUACUAUUGAUCAAAAAUUAGUUUUCACUGGUAAUGAACAAGGGAAAUUAUUGGCCAUUAGACAAAUGAUUCAACAAGGGGAAUUCAAACCACCAAUUAUAAUUUUUUUACAAUCAAUCACUAGAGCUAAAGCUUUAUUCCAUGAAUUAUUAUAUGAUAGAUUAAAUGUCGAUGUUAUUCAUGCUGAAAGAACCCCUAAACAAAGAGAAGAAGUCAUUAAACGAUUUAAAAAUGGGGAUAUUUGGGUCUUGAUUACUACGGAUGUAUUGGCUCGUGGGGUUGAUUUUAAAGGAGUCAAUUUAGUUAUAAAUUAUGAUGUACCCCAAAGUGCUCAAGCAUAUGUCCAUAGAAUUGGUAGAACUGGUAGAGGUGGUAAAUCCGGUAAAGCGGUAACUUUUUUCACCAAAGAAGAUGAUAAAGCUAUUAAACCAAUACUUAAUGUCAUGAAACAAUCAGGAUGUAAUGAUGGAUAUAGUCAAUGGAUGGAAGAUAUGGGUAAAUUAUCGAAAAAAGAGAAGAAACAAAUCAAGACUCAUGAGAUUCAACGUAAGAAAAUUAGUACGGUUCCUAAAGUUAUAAAACAAAAGAGAAAGCAAAGACAAGAUAUGAUAGCUGCAUCAAAGAGAAGAAAACAGGAAUCACAUUCCAAUGAGAAUGAAGAGUAA